AUGCCAGAACUCCUAGCAACACACAAGAAGCCGCACCUUGAUCGAAGUUUCACGGGGGACAGCUCUGAUGACGAAGAUCUUGCGCCCAUCAAACUAAGUGCCGAGGCGCAAGCCAUAUUAGGGGAGGACGAACAGCAGCUUGAAGCUGAGAAAGAGAACAUCGUCCCAAGCGUUCACCCUACAACGUCAUCCACCUCGACUGGCCGGCGAAGGCAAAGCAAAGGAACACCUCUGGAGGCGCUUAAAUCCUCAAGUCCGCCGCAGCAAAGAGAUGGAAGUCCAGCUCCUCGGGUCAUCCGUGUCACCUCCAGUGUCCGUCCUGGGGCACCAGGAGUACUGGGCAGAGACGGAUCGUUCAUGUACAAGAUUCACGAAAAGUCAACAACACGACCGCAAACAACACGCCAAGAGUCAGAGACUCCAGGUCCGCCGGUCCGCCGCAUCCGCAUAAGUAAUGGUAGACGAGUGUCGAGGUCACCACCUUCCGAUCCAGCACCGCAGCCGCAGGAGGAAGCUCAGGCUGAAGAUGCGCCAUAUACGUCGAAACGAUCGACCAGCCCAAGAUCUGGGGCUUCGCGGGCCAGCCUGGAGGAGCACAAUUUUGCGAUGCCGUCUACAGUUACACGUUCCCGAAAAGGGGAUGAAAAUGGUGCACAUAGCACAAUGCGGGUCCGACGCCUAGGGGGAGCAUUGCUGAACAAGCCUGUAAGGAGAGGGAUGGUGCGCCGCCACAGCGAUGAUGACGAUGCCAACAUGGAAGAUCAUCCUGGUGCGGCGACACCGGAGAUGGAGGUUGGGCGUCGAGCACCUGAACCAGAUCUACAAGACUUACCCGACGAUUUGCUUGCACUCCAAGGUAGCCCACAGCCGAUCAAGCCAACACGCACGUCACCAAGAACGGCAUCUCCCAUUCAAGUGGACGUGCAGACUGCAUUCGAUCGUCCCCAAUCAAGACCAGGUUCAUCGCUUCGCACGCAGCCGACACCUCCCGUACCCGGUUCUCAUCCUUCUCUAAAGUCUUCGAGCUCUCAAAACAGACCUGUGUUCAAGAUUCCACCGCUGCCAUCCCUUUCAGCGCAGGACCAAGAGAAUGACCCACCUCCAACCUUCCGACGGACAAAACCCUCUGCUGCAAUACUGGACAUCCACGAAGACGGAGGGGACCCAGAUCGGAAAGCCCCUGAGCCCGCACCCAUGCCGAUAUCUCCCUCUCGCCAACCUCUGGCUCCUCGGUCGAACAAUACACCUCACCGGCCGGCGCCAGCACCGCCUCCAAAAAUGUCCAUCCUCGACGCUGCAACCUCGAAUGCCGGCUCCCGCAACAAGAAAUCCGUCCACUACGUUCUCAACGGCAAAACGUACCGUCGCCUCGACUGUAUCGGUCGAGGCGGGUCCUCGCGAGUCUUCCGCAUCAUGGCCGAGAACUACAAGAUCUUCGCGCUGAAACGGGUCAACCUCGAAGAAGCCGACAUGGCGGCCAUUGCGGGCUACAAGGGCGAGAUCGACCUGUUGAAAAAGUUGGAGAACGUCGACAGAGUCAUCAGAUUGUACGACUACGAGGUCAACGAGGAAAAGGGCGUCCUCAACGUCAUGAUGGAGCUCGGCGAGACGGAUUUCAACAAGAUGCUCAACGAGCAACUGAAGGCCGAAAAUGCAAGGCUAGACAUCACAUUCACGCGGCAUUACUGGAAGGAGAUGCUGGAGUGCGUGCAAGCCGUGCAUGACCACGACAUUGUACACUCGGAUCUCAAGCCUGCAAACUUCCUCCUGGUCAAAGGCCAGCUGAAACUCAUCGACUUUGGCAUCGCCAAUGCGAUACAGGAAAACACUGUCAACGUCCACCGCGAGAACCAAAUCGGCACGCCGAACUACAUGUCUCCCGAGUCGCUCGUCGCGGUAGGCGCGACACAAGGCCAAGGAGGCCUGCCAGGCGCGAAAGUCCUCAAGCUAGGGAAACCUUCUGACGUAUGGAGUCUGGGCUGUAUCUUGUAUCAGAUGACGUACGGACAGCCGCCGUUCGCGCACAUCCAGAAACAGUUCGAGCGCAUCAUGUCCAUCCCGAACCCGAAGGUGGAGAUUCAGUUCCCCAGCACCGGUAUCGGUGGGAGUGUCGUCCCGUUCGGGCUCAUCAAGACGUUAAAGCGAUGUCUGACGAGGGAGCAGUCCCUCCGGCCGACGAUCCGCGAACUACUCUCUGCGACGGACCCGUUCUUGAACCCCGUGGCCAUUUCUCCCGAAAUGCUAGGCCGCGUUAUCGGGAAUGUGGUUGGAUACUGUCGGCGCAGGGAGGAAGCCUUGAAAGCAAAAGGGGAGAUGCAGUGUCAGGUCGGCGAGGAUGGCAAGGAGGCCAGUUGUUUGCCUUCUGAUGGCGAGAUGGUCGGCUGGCCGGGCGCAUUCUACGAGAAGUUGAGACAAGCGAAUUUGGAGGGCACGGCGUGGUAA